GAUCGAGAGAGGUGAUGAUGAGCGUAAGUGAAGGCGUGAGUGCACGCGCUGCAUUGUGGGUAGCACGUGUCUCAAUGUUUACCGCAGUGCAUUGUGGGACACGCCAGGAGAGCCACACAAGCCAAGAUGGCUGCCGGUUACCUGGAUUUGAGAGAGAAACUUCAAGGCCCGCCCCACUGGGGCCGCAGUUCGUCGAGACAGGAGCGCAAACGACGCUACCGGCGCGACCCGUACGACAGCAAGGGCGCCGGCCGACACGGGCCCCGCCAGCGUUACCUGAAAGCCAGCAACGGCGAGAACGACGUCAUCGGGAUGGAUUGUACGAGGGAGGGAAGGUCGCGGGAAGGGAUGCGCCAAGCGGAGCUGCGGCACAUCCACUCGGGCAUCAAGCAGAGGCGGCUGUUCAACGCCUGCCAGUGCGAGGGCAUUGAGACCAAGAUCGACGAGGUGGUCAGCUUGGGCAAGAAAGGAUAUUACAGAGACCACACCAUUGACCGAGCGCCCCUGCGCAUUAAGUAUUUCUUCGGCGAGGGCUACACGUACGGCUCGCAGCUGCACAGGAGAGGGCCCGGCAUGGAGAGGCUCUACCCCAAGGGUGAAGUCGACGACAUACCCGACUGGAUACACGAACUGGUCAUCAAACCGUUACGCGACGCGGGUGUUGUACCCGACGGUUUCAUCAACAGUGCUGUUAUAAACGAUUACCUGCCGGGAGGUUGCAUCGUGUCUCAUGUCGACCCUCCACACAUCUUCGACAGACCCAUCGUGUCGGUCUCCUUCUUCAGUGACAGUACGCUCUGCUUCGGCUGCAAGUUCUCCUUCAAACCGAUACGGGUGUCUGAACCGGUGCUCAGCUUACCAGUCGACCGAGGCUGUGUUACCAUUUUAAGUGGUUAUGCUGCCAACAGCGUCACCCAUUGCAUUCGUCCGCAAGAUGUGGUAGCCCGGAGAGCUGUUAUCAUCUUAAGAAGGUCAGUUACUGUCAGCUCUCCAAAUGUGACUCUCUCUCCUCUCUUACUCCUUUUUCUUCUGUUUCUUUUUUCCUUUGUUUUUGGUGGCAGAUGUGUGUUUUCCGUUCCUUUUAUGUAUUUUUUUUUAAAAACUUCUUCAAGUCAUUGGACUGCGACCAGGCUGGGGCACUCACUGCUUUGCAGGGUUUUUUGUUGUUGUUGUUGUUGUUGUUGUCGAAUGAAUUGUCGCCGUCGUGUUGACAGUGUUGACGACGAUCACGGUGGUGGAGCUGGCAAUGAUAACGACGGUGAGUUGGAAGACGACGACGAUGAUGAUGACGACGACGACGAUGACAAUGGACGGAGAUCUGAGACUGUCCGCGUCCACUCCAAAGUAAUCAGCCUAAACAGACAUGGUGUGACGCCACCUGCCAAAGACUACUACGACGACCGAGGCUCGAGCGCCCGUCGUCGUCGCCACACACACCGGCCGAAAGUCUGCGUUGACGGCGACAACAAACAUGGACACGUCGAAGAGAAAGGUGAUGACGGCGUUGAUGGUGGUGAUGAAAAUAGGGACUUUCAUGGCAGGAUGAAAAAGAGCAGGCGGCACGACAGCAAGCAUAUAACACGGUUUCGUGAUGUGUGA